AGAAAUGCUGAGGCCCUCAGUUACGCAGUCCGCAGAAGUUUGUUCUGUGAGCCCUGAGAAACCGCUCUGAGGAUCCUGGAUUGAGGAGGCCAAUUUAUAGCUGCUCUACUUCCCCUUAACGGCUUCUUGGCCUAAACUCAAAUCAUCAUGUCGUCUCCUCUGUGCUGGGCGGCGACGACCAGCGCGGUGUCUAGUCAGGAGCAAGUUUCAGCGUCCUCUUCCAAACCCAAGGGCAAUAAAGUUCAGGCCCAUCACCCCAGAGGCAAGGCUUUGGGCCAGGCACAGGCCUGGCCCCGACCCCAUUCCAAAGUGGGAGCCUUCCACUACCAUUCGGUGAAGUCUUCUGUGCACGCACAGAUUCUUGAAUUACAAAGGAAGAUCCAACUGUUAGAGGGUGACCGGAAAGCAUUUUAUGAGAGCUCCCAGUGGAACAUCAAGAAAAACCAAGACACCAUCCACCAGCUUCAGGAGGAGACAAAGGCUCUCCAAGCCCAGCUGAAGGACCUGCUGCAGGGAGAUUCAAAAGUGGUCCUUGAAAUACUUCAGGAAUGGAAGUCAGAGAAGCCACACCUUAAGGACAAGACCUGCAAGCAGGCUCUGGAGCACCUGGAGCACCAGCUGAGGGAGAAGGUGAACCAGCUGAAUGCCCUGCGACACCAGGUGACACUGCGGCAGAAACGGCUAGAGGAGCUGAAGCUGCAGCACAGCCUGCGCCAGCUGGAGAUAGAUGAAGUGCAAGACAGCAGCACAGAGGUGGCCAAGACCAUGCGCAACCUGGAGAAUCGUCUGGAGAAGGCACAGAUGAAGGCAGAAGAGGCUGAGCACAUUACCAGCGUGUACCUGCAGCUCAAGUCUUACCUCCAGGAAGAAAGUCUCAACUUGGAGAACCACCUAGACUCCAUGGAGGCUGAGGUGGUGAAGACCAAACAUGAGGUAGAAGAAUUGAACAUGAUGAAUCAAGAGGCUCUCAAUGCCCGGGACAUUGCCAAGAACCAGCUGCAGUAUCUCGAGGAAACUGCUAUCCGAGACCGCAAGAAGCGUGAACACUACAUAACCAGUUGCAAGAAGCGCGCAGAAGAGAGGAAACUUCAGAAUGAGCGCAUGGAGCGCAAGACACAGCGGGACCACAUGCUGGUGCAGUCUGAAGAUAUAGUGCAGGACCACCUGCGCAACAAAGAGCAGGAGCUGAAACAGCGCUGGAGCAUGUACCAGAUGGAGGUGAUGUUCGGCAAGGUCAAGGAUGCCACUGGAGUGGCUGAGUCUCACGCAGUAGUGCGGCGGUUCCUGGCCCAGGACGAGAUCUUCACGCAGCUGGAGACUCUCAAGAAGGACAACGAGCAGGCGUUGGUGAGGCUGAAGGACGAGAAGCAGCGACUCCAGAGGGAGCUGGAAAACCUCAAGUACUCAGGGGACGCCACCGUGGUGAGCCAGCAGAAGCGCCGUGACGAGAUGCAGGAGUCCCUCCGUACCGAGGAGCAGCGGCGCCGCGAUGUCCAGGAGCGACUGGAGCGCACUUCACGGGUCCUGCAGACAGCCAAGGACAGCCUGGAGCACCUAGCCAACAAGCUGAACCACAUCGAGGUGGAUGACAGCUCUUUGGCAGGAAAGAAGUUAGAUCCGGAUGCAGAGGACUACCUAUCUAACUUGCUGGUACUAGUAGAAGAAAAGCUGCUGAAACUACAGGGGCAGAUUGAGAGCCACGAUGUGCCAGAAAUGUUACGCCACAUGACGGAUCGUGAGUUCCUGGCCACCUUAGAAGGAAAACUGCCCCUCUACAACACCCGCAUCCUUCUGCCGGUAGCCAGCAUCAAGGACAAGUUCUUCGAUGAAGAGGAGAGUGAGGAGGAUGACCACAACAUGGUGACCCGGGCUGCCUUCAAGCUCCGUUCCCAGAAGUUAAUUGAAACCCGCAGCAAGAAACGGAGUAGAUCCCGCAGGCCCUAGAUGCCUAGUGAAAUGUCCACUCGAUGCCUCCAGGCCUCUAGGGAGCCCCUCCAGACUCCUCUGGGUCCAGCUAUGGGUGUUUGGGGGGGGGCAUGAGGUCCCUUCAAGGGCUGGAGCAGUGAGCAAAGCAGACCAAUUCUGCUGGGAGGAGAGGGAAAGGUGGGGCCAGAUGUUCCCGCAGUAAAUCUCCCAAGGCUGGUCAGCACCAGCCUCAGAAUUGUGCAAUAAAGGUCACAGACCAGA